AUGGCCGCCGUCAUGAUUCAAACACAAUGCGCGUCUUCGGACGAUACCAGGUCACCGGGCUCUGUGCUCAAAUUGGGCUCGCCACCUCUUGAUGCAGGAUCGACUGGACCAGAAGCGCUGCUCAAAGGCGCGACUAGUGUCUUUGAGAUUGCGCCCGAGACCGCGCUAUUACUUUUCUGCAACAAUGUCGAAAAACUGGUUGCGCAUUUUGAGAGAAUACCUACUUCUGCCUCUUCUUUCCCAAAUUCCAAUGGCUCGACUCCGAUGGAGCCACGCACGCCGAUGGAAGAAGAACCGCCGAGCGUCGGACUACAUUGUGGUGACGCAGACGAUGCGAAUGGCGACCGAUUCAAAGGAGACACUUUUCAACUGCGGAUACUCUCGAGGAAAUUCCUUUCUAAGAAGAUACCCCCGAUUGCGCUGAAGGAUUACCUACAACGUCUACAACGAUACUGUCCUAUGUCGACCGCUGUACUUCUCGCGGCGAGUGUUUACAUCACCAGGAUGGCUCUCGUGGAGAAAGUGGUCCGCCCUUCACCGAAGAAUAUGCAUCGACUCGUCCUCGCGGGUGUAUUAGUAGCCACGAAGGCCCUCGAAGAUCUCAGUUUCCCGCACAGUCGCGUGGCGAAAGUCGGUGGUGUCUCUGAGCCGGAGCUUUCUAAACUCGAAAUCACUUUUUGCUUCCUGGCCGACUUUGAUCUGCGCGUGGAUGCGCAGAUGUUGAUGGAUGAGGCAAGAACCCACUGCACUGAGAACCUGCAUUUAUCCGAACCUGAGCCUUUGGAGCAGAAUUAA